GAUCAGCAGGACUGACUCUGGAAUCUACACUGUGAGAGCUAGUAACAGUAUGGGGACAGGAAAAGAGAAGACGGUCAAUGUCACUGUGUAUUAUCCCCCGGUUGUGUCUGUGGUUCUAGUAUCAGGAGACAAUGUCACAGAAGGAAACCCUCUACAGCUUGAAUGUCGUACUGUGUCUGUUCCACAAAACUCCACCUACUCUGCCUGGAAUCGUACCAUUGGAGGCCUUCCUGUACCACUGGUAAAUAACAGUCCUGGGAAAUUCCUGUCCAUCAGUCAGGUGACGUUCAGAGAUCAGGGUGUAUACCAGUGUGAAGCCAGUAACGGGUUUGGAGACGUUCAGCGGGGACAACUGGAGGUCAAGGUUCGAGCCAGACCGCAGUUCUUUACUCAAAACAACUCACAGGUGGCAUCUAUCGUAGAAAAUGUCAAACUUAUGUUUAAGUUUGUGUCUUAUCCCUCUUAUAAGAACCUUAUUUGGUUCAAACUGAUCAAUGGUACACCUGAGAGACUAUUCACCCCUGACACAAUCGGAAGUAAAUAUCGACGUCAUGUGUCGACCAUUAAGCACGAGUUCGCAUUCGACACUUCCAAGGUUCUUCUUCCUGGUUACGUGGCGGAAUUGGAAAUCUCUAACGUCAAUCGUCACGAUUUUGGACUAUACACGCUGAAGGUAGAAAAUGAAGUUGGUUUUUCCAACUUCAACAUUUCGUUAAUACUAAAAGGUGAGAUCAAAGAAAAGUCAUUUGCCAUGAAACACUGACAACUUUGUAUGUUUGUGCUUGUUGUUCUGUGCCCUAAAGAACUCAUGAAUAUUAUAUAUAUAUGUGUAUAUGUAUUCUUACGCCACUUCUCAGAACAGGCACGUUGAGGUGCCAGUUUUUCGAGCGAAAAAAAUGAUUAUUGUACAUAUGUACAUGUGCAUCUUAAUCCAUUUCUUUGUUAUCUUUUUUAUUGAAUCACAAGAAGUUUUUGAAGGUCCAGCCACACGUUGAGAACUGUUAAUGUUUCAGUGUAGUUUGUAAGCGUAGAUUCCGCUACUUGGAAAUAUUUAACAACACACAGUGAUUACUAAUUAUAGAUCGACCUUGCUCGCCCAAGCCGUAUGUGGAAGUAGAUCUGCAUAUUUAUCCUAGAUAUCCUGUUUUAAUGGCGGCUCACCUCAAACCUUUGCCAUUAAGUACAAGAGGGAAAGCGGAGAGUGGAAAAAAUGGAGGCGAAAUAUCCCACAUCCUGGGGAAGGGAAAACUGGGAGGGAGCAAGUAACGGGUCUGGAAGAUGUGGGACAAUACACCUUCAGGGUGUACGGUCAGAACAUAUGGGACAAAAGUGAACCGUCAAUGACGAGAUAAAUGUCACAGAUAAAUGUUAAAGUCAUGUCAUAGUCACAGAGUACAACAAAACACAAGUGAUCCGUUAGUGAUAAAUGUACUGAGACAAGCAAUACUGUGACAGGUUGUACUGGGACAGGUAAAUAUUAAAGUGGUGCCACAGCCAUAGAAUACAGCAGAACAAAAAUGACCCGUCAUUGACGAGCUGUACUACCAAAGGUAAAUGUUAAAAUGACGCCAAAGCCAUACAAUACAGCAGAACAAAAGUGACCCGUCAUUGAUGAACUGCACUGUCACAGGUAAAUGUCAGAAG